AUGAGUCGAAAUCCACGGGCCGGAACAGGCCUAACAAGAACACAACAACUCCGUGAAGCAAGGACUGUCGCACGGAUACGAGAAAUUGAACAGAAAGAACAUACAUUGAAAUCCCAAGCCGAUGCACUUAGGCCACGCAGAAGAAUAGACAGACCUGAGCCGAAGAAAGUAGAUUUUCACAAACCAGGAAUGACCAAAGCAAUGUUGGCUAGAGUAAAACAAGCGGAAAAGUUUAAGCAAGAAUAUGAGCAGAAAAAACAAAUGGCAACCGGCGGUGAUCGAAUACCAAAAAGAACAGCAGCUCCAAUAGGAGGCGACGCCAGGUCAGUGGGUAGAGAAAGAAUGACACAAACAGCAAAAUCUGUUCGUGUGCCAGCUACAUCUGUUCCUAGAGCUGGACCCAGCACUGCUAGAAAAGGCGGAAUUCCAAGACCACAAACAAGAACCCCUGAAGUAACUUUACAGAGAAAGACUACUGAAUUAGCUAAAAUGAUGAAUGCUGAUGUAAUUACGGCUGAUACAAUCGGUGAAGGACCUAUCAGGAAUAUUGUAAUACCACCUGGCACAAUGAACGAAAAUGUUACUACCAUCAUCAGUCUACCACAGCCUGCAGAUGCUGAAACAAAAGCGACAUCACAGAUAGCGAAUCGCUCUAUACAAGUGAUCAGUGAGUCUCUUGAUGAGCAAGAUGCUGUAGAAGCUGCAGCAGUAAGAAACAAGCUAGAAGAUUUACAACAAGCCAGACGAGAUUUUGUCAUGGCUGUAGCAAAUGUUGGUGGUAACGCUGUUAACAUUGCAGAUGAAACUCCACCUGAAUUUUCUUCUUUCCUAGAUUCACCUCCUUCUCCUCCUCGUAGACAAAUAAUUAGAGUCCCGGACAUAGAAAGCGAUUUUCUUAAACCUGAAUAUGGAAGGGAUCAUCCAGACGUCAUAGCAGCUCGGGAGUUCCUACGGAAAGCUAAAGAAAACUUGGAAGCAAGAGAAGCAGAAAAAAGAUUAGACGAAGAAUUUGAAAGAGUAGCAGCUGGAGUCGCGGAUGAGUUACAGAUGGAUGUUCCCUUCCACGAGGAACUUUACGUAGAUAAAGAUAUAUCUUGGGCAGAAGACGAUGAAACGGGCACAGCCAUGCCAGUUCCAUCUAGGGUUAAAGCUUAUGCAUCUCCAAUUCCACAACAAGCACAGGCUUAUAAACAUAAGUCAUUUGAUCCAGACGAAUUAGAGAAGUUCUUUGACGUUCAACGUUAUCCACCUUGUCCACACUGUGGACCUCCAUCAGGUAGAGAGGAUCUACAUCCUGAUUUAUGGGACUUGGACGAUCCAUGGUUUAGACAACCUCCACAGCCUGAUGUGCCAGAUCUAAUAGAAUUUGAUCUAAUGGAUUUUGACUAA